AUGACACUCAAGAAGCAGCAGCAAGAAAUACAACACCAGAAAGACAUAAAACUCUGGUACAGCAAGAGCAAGGACAAGUAUAAUAUUCUUAAUACGACCAAAAAGGGAGUAAUAGAGGCUGAGGGCAUAGUGACCAGCGAGGAGAUCAUGAAUUCGGUGGACAUUGGCACAAAGCAAAAAACGUACAGCUUAAAAAUGGAUAAUGGUCCAUACACAAUAAGAUACUCUCCGUCGGGAGACACUGUUCUAUAUCUGGGGAUGGAAGAGGUGAAGUCAGUAAACACUCUUGGGAUGAACGUAAAUGCAGAGAUAUAUCUUAAAGACAGAAUAUACGACGGAACGUUUUUGCACUCUGGCGAGUUUUAUGCACUUGCGCAGUCAAAGGCUGUGUACAUAUACGAUAAGGUGGGUGUGGAGCUGCAUGUCGUCCGAGAAGCGCGGGAUGUAAGGAGUAUAAAGUUUCUGCAAGACCACUUCCUUCUUGCGUCUAUCUCGGAGAAUGGGUAUCUUCGGUACCAGGACACAACGAUUGGCAAGUGUGUGUCAGAGAUAAAAACAAAGGAAAGAAACUCAAAGGUUGAGGUGGACAGAACAAAUGGCAUGGUGUAUCUAACAGGAUCCUCCGGCACAGUCUCUCUCUGGUCUCCAAGAGCACCAGAGUAUCUAGCAAAGGUACUAUGCCACCGGUCCAAGGUAGAACACUGCAAAGUGUCUGAUGAUGGGCGCGUGCUCUACACGGCCUCCAGAAAUGAAAUCAAGACAUGGGAUAUAAGAAACACGUUCAAGCCUCUAUCUGAGAUGGCAAUGCCUGGGCUAGUCCGAGAGAUGGGUGUUUGCCAGACAGGAAAGCUGGCAGUUGCGCAGAAAUCAUCGGUCUUGGUGUACAGCCAGUCCCUACAGCCUGAGAUACAGCACCACACAGGAAGAGAUCUUGCAACGUCUCUUACAUUCAUGCCAUACGAGGAUAUCCUUGCAGUAGGAAGCAAGUCUGGCAUAGAGAACAUUAUUGUGCCAGGGGCUGGAUUGCCCACUUACAGAAGAAACGAGAACCCCCAUGUCUCAAGAAAGGAGAAGAAAAACUCAGAAGUGCGAAGAAUACUUGAAAAGAUUCCAGCCGAUAUGAUCUCAUUAGAAAACGAGAUUGGUACAGAGAUGAAGAACAUCUUUGAAGAAGAAAUUACUCCAAUGAAGUUCGAAACGCCUGCUGGCAAAGUCAGAAGACUCAUGAAGCUGAACUACGGCUAG